AUGUCAGAAAAAGGAAAUGAACAACACACAAAAACACGGAAAGGAAAGUGUCAUUCUUCUGUGAACAAUACAUUGGACGAAAGCAAAAUGCAUGUAGAAAACAUGUCAGAAAAAGGAAAUGAUAAAGAAACAAAAACACGGAAAGAAAAGGGCCAUUCUUCUGUGAACAAUACAUUGGACGAAAGCAAAAUUCAUGUAGAAAACAUGUCAGAAAAAGGAAAUGAUCAACACACAAAAACACGAAAAGAAAAGUGUCAUUCUUCUGUGAACAAUACAUUUGACGAAAGCAAAAUGCAUGUAGAAAACAUGUCAGAAAAAGGAAAUGAUCAACACACAAAAACACGGAAAGAAAAGUGUCAUUCUUCUGUGAACAAUACAUUUGACGAAAGCAAAAUGCAUGUAGAAAACAUGUCAGAAAAAGGAAAUGAUCAACAAACAAAAACACGAAAAGAAAAGUGUCAUUCUUUUGUGAACAAUACAUUGGACGAAAGCAAAAUGCAUGUAGAAAACAUGUCAGAAAAAGGAAAUGAUCAACACACAAAAACACGGAAAGAAAAGUGUCAUUCUUCUGUGAACAAUACAUUUGACGAAAGCAAAAUGCAUGUAGAAAACAUGUCAGAAAAAGGAAAUGAUCAACAAACAAAAACACGAAAAGAAAAGUGUCAUUCUUUUGUGAACAAUACAUUGGACGAAAGCAAAAUGCAUGUAGAAAACAUGUCAGAAAAAGGAAAUGAUCAACACACAAAAACACGGAAAGAAAAGUGCCAUUCUUCUGUGAACAAUACAUUUGACGAAAGCAAAAUGCAUGUAGAAAACAUGUCAGAAAAAGGAAAUGAUCAACAAACAAAAACACGAAAAGAAAAGUGUCAUUCUUUUGUGAACAAUACAUUGGACGAAAGCAAAAUGCAUGUAGAAAACAUGUCAGAAAAAGGAAAUGAUCAACACACAAAAACACGGAAAGAAAAGUGUCAUUCUUGUGUGAACAAUACAUUUGACGAAAGCAAAAUGCAUGUAGAAAACAUGUCGAAAAAAGCAAAUGAGAAGCAAACAAAAACACGGAAAGAAAAGUGUCAUUCUUUUGUGAACAAUACAUUUGACGAAAGCAAAAUGCAUGUAGAAAACAUGUCAGAAAAAGGAAAUGAUAAAGAAACGAAAACACGGAAAGAAAAGAUAUGA